AUGAAUCCAGAAGAUGAGCAUGACCGGUCAUCCUCCACACCGAAUGGUACAUCCAAGCAAGGAUCUGCCCAAGACAAGGACAAGCCUCGUCUGACCGACCAAGAAAAGAAGAGCAACCACAUUGCCUCAGAGCAAAAGCGGCGCGCGGCCAUUCGCGAAGGCUUCGAUCGCCUGACAGAACUGGUGCCUGGCUUGGAGGGCCAGGGCCGGAGUGAGAGCAUUGUGCUACAAAAGACGGUGGACUUUAUCCAUGUGAAGCUGCAAGAGCGCCACGAUCUCAUUGCAGAGAUUGAAAGCAAAGGAGGCCGCGUGGACGACUCUUUCCGUCCAACAUGA